AUGGGAAAGUACGUCCUCUCUGGUGUUGACGGCCAGCUCGGUAGUGUCGCCGCGCAGCAUGUUCUGGCGCUUGCGUCUCCAACGGACAAGCUGGUUUUUACCUCUCCCGUCGUGGAAAGAAUUCCACCCGAGAUAGCAAAGGAAUGGAAAGACAAGGGCAUUGAAAUUCAGUACGCCAGCUAUGACGACCCUGCCAGCAUGGAAAAGGCUUUCGAAAACGCCGACACGGUCUCACUGAUCUCGACGUGGAUGAUUGGUGACAUUCGGCGCAAGCAACACCGGCAGGCGGUUGCUGCCGCAAAAGCAGCGGGGGCCAAGCGCAUCUGCUAUACCUCUUACAUCGGCGCUGGAACCGCUGAGAACACUCCUCUUGUCGCAUCAGAUCACAGAGACACAGAAGAGGCUAUUGUCGAGUCCGGCAUUCCUUACAACAUCCAGAGAAACAACUUCUAUUUAGACAACUACUUUCGCACCCUGUUUCCCAUGGCGCAGAACGUUUGUGGGGGCAAAUGGCACUGGAACAGUAAUGGCACUCCAGCCAGUUUUGUUGCCAAGGCCGACUGCUCCCGCGUUGUUGCUGCCCUUUUGCUGGGCAAGGGAGAGCCCAACACGAUCUACAAUGUGACCGGUCCCGAGAUGGUGUCUGACUACACCUUCAUUGACAUGGUGCGCAAGUACACCGGGUGGAAAGGUGAGCUUGUCGCAUCAACGGACGAGGAGCUCUACGAGUACUGGGGCGGCCGUGGCGUGCCCAAGACGGUCACCGGUGAUUUCUCGAAAAGCCCGAUUCCGCUGUGUGUUGAUGAUAUUGUAACGAACACGACCGAAAUUCGGAAUGGAACUAUGGGUGUCGUGUCGGAUGCUGUCGAGAAAUUGACAGGCCGUAAGCCAUCGUCGUCGAGGGAUGUCAUGCUGCUGUACAAGGACGUGCUGCCAAAAGCAUAG